AUGUCAUCCACGAGGGAGCAAGCCUUUGGUUAUGCCUUCUUGCUCCAAAUAAAAGGGGAGGCUGCAUUGGCAGCAGCACUGAAUGACUACCUAAGCACUCGCAGCUACCUAGCUGGUUUUAGGUUUUCACAGGUUGACCAGAAAACAUUUAAGCUUCUCCACGGUCCCCCAGACCCACAUCAUGUCCACGCUCUGCGUUGGUACAGACACAUAACAUCACUGCAGCAGGACCAGAGCUCAGACAACAGCAAGAAAGGAAAGAGGGUGCAACCUCAGUGGUCUCCACCAUCUGGAACAGAUGUUCCCCAACUUCGACUCUACAACAGUCUCACUAGAGCAAAGGAGUUAUUUGUACCUCAAAAUGGAAAAAAGGUCACAUGGUAUAGCUGUGGGCCAACAGUGUAUGAUGCCUCUCACAUGGGACAUGCCAGAUCAUACAUCUCUUUUGAUAUUCUGCGAAGGAUACUGAAGGACUACUUCAAGUAUGAUGUCUACUACUGCAUGAACAUCACAGACAUAGAUGACAAAAUCAUUAUAAGGGCACGUCAAAACUAUCUACUGGACCAGUACAAGGAGAAGCAACCCCAACCUGCUCAAAUACUAAAAGAUGUAUUGACUGCCCGAGUGCCCUUUCAGGCCCGCUUGAGUUCCACUACCGACCCAGAUAAGAAACAGAUGCUAGAAAGGCUUGAUGCUGCCAUCACGGCCGCUCUGCAGCCUCUGCAGGCGGCCUUAGAGAGUAAGGCUGCAGAUGACGUGGUGCAACCUCUAGGCCAGGCACUAUUGGCAAAUUCCAUGGAUAUGAUGUCUGACUGGCUGGAUGAUCAGUUUGGAAGUGGAGUCACAGACAACUCAAUCUUCUCAGUUCUACCUGCAUUUUGGGAGGGAGAAUACCAUAAAGACAUGGCUGCUUUGAAUGUGCUUCCUCCUGAUGUCCUGACUCGUGUGAGUGAAUAUGUGCCAGAAAUUGUGGAGUUUGUGAAGAAGAUUGUCUCAAAUGGCUUUGGGUAUGAAUCAAAUGGCUCUGUUUACUUUAACACUGCAAAGUUUGAUGGAAGUCCACAGCACUCCUAUGCCAAACUUGUGCCAGAAGCGGUUGGAGAUCAGAAGGCUUUACAGGAGGGAGAAGGUGACCUGAGCAUUUCUGCUGACAGAUUAAGUGAGAAAAUUUCCCCUAAUGACUUUGCUUUGUGGAAAGCAUCCAAGCUUGGAGAGCCUUCGUGGGACUCUCCAUGGGGAAAGGGCAGGCCUGGCUGGCAUAUCGAGUGUUCGGCCAUGGCUGGCUCCAUCUUGGGGGAGUCAAUGGAUAUUCACGGUGGGGGGGUUGAUCUAAGAUUCCCCCACCAUGAUAACGAGCUGGCUCAGUCAGAGGCUUUCUUUGAGAAUGAUCAUUGGGUCCGUUAUUUCUUGCACACUGGUCACCUGACAAUUGCAGGAUGCAAGAUGUCAAAAUCUCUGAAGAAUUUCAUCACCAUUAAGGAAGCCUUGGCAAAAAAUACAGCUCGGCAGCUUCGUCUCGCGUUCUUGAUGCAUUCGUGGAAAGAUACUUUGGAUUACUCCCCCAACACUAUGGAGUUAGUAGUCCAGUACGAGAAGUUCCUGAAUGAGUUCUUCAUGAAUGUGAAAGACAUUUUGCGUGCACCUACUGACAUCACUAGGCAGUUUGAAAAGUGGGAUGCAGCAGAAGUGGCGCUGAACAAAAGUUUUUUCGACAAGAAGUCAGCGGUCCACGAGGCUCUGUGUGACAACAUUGACACCCGCACGGUCAUGGAAGAAAUGAGACAGCUGGUUAGUCAGAGCAACAGCUACAUCGCCAGCAAGAAAAGUGCCAAAAUGGGACCAAACCGCAUGCUAAUGGAAAGUAUUGCCAUGUAUCUCACCAAAAUGCUGAAGAUAUUUGGGGCAAUUGAAGGAUCAGAGCCUAUUGGUUUCCCAGUGGGAGGACAUGGACAGAAUGUUGAUCUGGAGAGCACAGUGAUGCCUUUCCUCUCUGUCCUCUCUGACUUCCGAGAGCAAGUGCGAAAAAUUGCCAGAGAGGAGAAGGUCAUGGACUUGCUGCAGCUCUGUGAUGAUCUCCGUGAUGUUACAUUACCGGAACUAGGUGUCCGGCUCGAAGAUCAUGAAGGACUGCCAACUGUGGUCAAACUCCUGGACAAGGACAUUUUAGUGAAGGAGAGGAAUGAGAAAAUUAAGAUCGACGAAGAGAAGCAAAGUAAGAAAGCAGAGGCCGCCAAGAUAAAAGAAGAACAGGAGAUGGCCAAGCUAGCUAAAAUGAAGAUUCCGCCAUCUGAGAUGUUUCUUGCAGAAACUGACAAAUUUUCCAAGUUUGAUAAAGCGGGUUUCCCUACUCAUGAUGCUGAAGGGAAGGAACUCGGCAAAGGACAAGAAAAGAAACUGCGCAAGCUUUACGAAAGUCAGGAGAAGCUGUAUAAAGAGUAUCUUCUGAGCAAUUGA